UGGACGUGUGUCGGGAGUUCAGCAUUGGGGAGAUUCUGCGGGCAACGGACAACUGGGCGAGCGGCAAUGUGGUGGGGAAGGGCGGCUUUGCCACGGUGUACAAGGGGGUGUCCAGCACGGGCGAGCUGUGGGCCGUCAAGCGCAGCAAACUCAUGUCCAACGACUUCCAGGCCGAGGUGCGGACGAUGGCGUCGCUGCGGCAUGAGAAUGUGGUGCGGCUGUUGGGCUUCUGCCUGCAUCAGAACGUUGAGAGCGGCCAGCAGGAGCAGAUCCUCGUGUACGAGUUCGUGGGCAACGGGGACCUCAAGUACCACAUCCACCACUCCAAGAGUAUGGUCAACCUUCCGUUUUGACAUGCAGCGGGUGCAGCUGGCGGUGGGCGCAGCGGAGGGAGUGGCCUAUUUGCACAGCUUCGCGACGCCCAUCGUGCACCACGACCUCAAGCCCAGCAACAUCCUCGUGGGGGAGCACUUCCAGGCCAAGAUUGCCGACUUCGG